GCUGUCAGUUGUUUGUGUCUGAAUUGCUCAAAAUUAGGAGUGACACAAUAAACACAACUAUUUCUCGACAGGGCACAGACGACGACGAACUCGGGACAAAAAUGCAAAGUGCAUCUUUCUAGGAGUCGCGAUGCUAUUAAAAAUUCUACGUAAAUAUGGCACACUGAACCACUUGUUUGGCAACCACCAUCCAUCACAUGGCACCCAUCCCCAUUCCCAUCCCCGCAAUCCGUGCGGAACCCUACGGAAAUCGGGAUGUGGGGACUUUCCCGGGGAUCCUCAGUCGUUCCGCCGCGAACUUCACGACUGGGAUCGCCAGAGUGCGGCGCACGAUCAGCGGAGAAAGACCAUUCCCAAGCUGGUCUACCUGCACAAUCCCUGGAAGUACCUGGUGACCAAGUUCAAUCUGUGGAAGCUCAAGUGGCUCUGGGAUCGGGACUUCAGCGAACCGGACUUUUUGGAGGGCGCCAAGCAAGCGGCGAUCGUGAUGACGGACAUUAUCCGGCAGCAGAGUGCGGAGAGGAUCAGCGAGUACACCACGCCGGUGGGAUUCCAGCAGAUCACCAGGGAUAUGUUGCUCUCGAGGAACGAUACCCGUCUCCAGUUGGUCAGGUUCGAGAGGGAACACCUGCGCCGAGCGAUUCCCAUGAAGGUGGCCACGCGCCAGAAUUUCGGCAGGAAGUACGCCUUUAUAGACAUGCUCUUUGUGGGUCUGCGGAACACCAAGGACUUCGACACGGCCACCGAGGUGGUGGAGGUCAGCGAGAUCAUUCGCCGGAUGGACAACGAACUCAAGACCCCGCCGGAGGUAGUGGCAGUACCCCAUCGCAUAGUCUUCGCCGAAAUCUUCAUUCGUUUUCGGAGGGAUUACACAGCUGAUGCGAGAAGAGCUCACAAUUCUCCAGCCCACAAUUUUCCCUUCAACUCGCGGUUCAAUGCUCCACCAACUCCCCCGCCAGUGGCCAGCGAUAGGCCCCUCCAAACACCUUUCAUACAAUCCGCAAUAGAUCCCAUGAGAUCCUCCCAGAAUCCGAGUACAGCCACAGCGGCUCUUCCGGUGACGGGAAGAAUCGUGCCCCGCAUGGAUGAUGUGGGCUGGUCGGUGUCCUUCUACAAGAUCCUGACCUUCGACGUCCUCAACUACGAUCCGCAGAACCGAAGACACCAGCACCAUCAGUCCCACGACAAGCCUUAGUGUUAUAGUGUAAUCAGUGAUUAGUAUUCCUCUGGAAAUUCGACCUUUUAGUGCAGUGGAUAUAGUAAUGACCGAACAGUUUUAUAACGCAAAUUUAACAGCUAACAAUAAAUA